UAACAUGCGACUCAUGUAAAUUAGAGUAAAAGGGAAUUGUGGAGCGCCCGUGGGAUUUAUAUAUAAAAAGUCCCGAGACAAACUCAGGACACUCGCAUUGUCAUCUUCUUUUCCAAAUCAUCCUACAGUUUUAACUCAACUCCAAAAAUGAAGGUACUCAUCAUUUUAUCCGCUUUAGUAGCUGUCUCCUUAGCCCAAUAUGGACUAGAACCAGUGGCGGCUCCUAUUCCAUAUUCUUUUAAUUACGAAGCACCAACUGAAGAUGGUGGCAACAGUGGACACCAAGAAUCUGGUGAUGGUGCCGGCAGAGUGUCUGGAUCCUACACUGUAAGCAACUUAGAAGGACACACCAGAAUCGUAGAUUACGUUGCUGAUGAAAAUGGAUUCAGAGCAUCUAUCAGAACCAACGAACCUGGAACCGCUAGCUCCAAUCCUGCUGACGUCACUGUUGAAUCUUCAGCUGCAGAAGCUCCACAAUACGCUCCUCAAUACGCUCCAGUAGCUCCAGCAGCACCCGCAAGUCCACGUUACGUUCUAGUACCAGUUGAUGACCCUAGGGCAGCUGGAUACUAUUAAAUUUAAAUUAAUUUUAUUAUUAGUGUUUCGUUUUCGUGCUAUUUUACUGGCCGAUGGAAAUCUGUUAGCUUUUCUGAGAAACCAAAAACUUAAAACAUGAAAUAUUACUGUUGCUUUUCUGUUACUCUGUUUUUCUAGCAUUCUGUCUAUAUGUUUAAAUAUUUUUUUCCUUUUGUUUGUUUAAAUAUUUUUUUCCUUUUUUUUAGAUUUGUACAACAACUAUCUUAUCAAUUUUUUCUAUUUUCUUUUAACUAAACAUAAAAUAUCUGAUAUAAAUAAAUUUAAAACACCAGUCUUAGAACUUAUUUUUGUUUAUGCCAAAGAUAAACACAUAUUUUAUAUUAAAUUUAAAAUAUAAAUUAAACUUAUGCUCAAAAGAUUAUUUACUCUGUUAUCUUGUUACAAUACACAUUUUUAACGAAAAUUUCUUCAUAUUUUUUAUUAUAUAAAUUAUGUACGUUACUUCAACGAUAUCUAAGUCAAUGUUCUUUCAAACCAGAUUUCAAAUGUGUUUUUUUUUAAUUAAUUAAAGGUUUAAAAUUAUAUA